GGAAGUGCGUGAGGAUCAUCACAUGACCGAGCAGCAGCAGCCUGGGGAGAUGUUGCUGCUACGCGGGUGAGCGUCCCGACCCCCGGAACCGAGCCUUGACUCCCCGCGAUGGAGGACAUCAAGGCGUCUCCCGACUACAACUGGUUCCGCAGCACCGUGCCCCUGAAGAGAAUCAUCGUCGACGAUGACGACAGCAAGGUGUGGUCCCUGUAUGAUGCCGGCCCCAAGAACAUCCGGUGUCCCAUCAUCUUCCUCCCCCCGGUCAGCGGGACGGCGGAGGUGUUCUUCCAGCAGCUGCUGGCGCUGACGGGCUGGGGCUACAGGGUCAUCUCGCUGCAGUAUCCCGUCUACUGGGACCUGUCGGAGUUCUGUGACGGCUUCAGGAAGCUUCUGGACCACCUGCAGCUGGAUAAGGUCCACCUGUUCGGCGCGUCGUUGGGCGGCUUCCUGGCCCAGAAGUUUGCAGAGGUCACGCACAAGUCCCCCAGAGUGCACUCCUUGAUCCUGUGCAACUCUUUCAGCGACACCUCCAUCUUUAACCAGACGUGGACGGCCAACAGUUUCUGGAUCAUGCCGGCCUUCCUGCUGAAGAAGAUCGUCCUGGGGAACUUCGCCAAAGGACCCGUGGACCCCAAAAUGGCCAACGCCAUCGACUUCAUGGUGGACAGGUUGGAGACUCUGAACCAGAGCGAGCUGGCGUCGCGGCUCACGCUCAACUGCCAGAACUCUUACGUGGAGCCCCACAAGAUAAAGGACGUGGCCGUGACCAUCAUCGACGUGUUCGACCAGAGCGCUCUGUCCCCGGAGGCCAAGGAGGAGAUGUACAAGCUGUACCCCAACGCCAGGAGGGCCCACCUGAAGACGGGGGGGAACUUCCCGUACCUGUGCCGGAGCGCCGAGGUCAACCUCUACAUACAGAUCCACCUGCGGCAGUUCCACGGGACCAGAUACGCCGCCAUCAGCCCGGACAUGGUGAACGCCGAGGAGCUGGACGUGCAGGCCAACCAGCAGGACUCUGACGACAGCCAGUGACCCCGCCGGGUCCUCCGGACGUUCCCCGCUGUUUCUGGCUCUCCCUCCUCUUGAACUCGCUACUCCCAAGAGGAUCCGGUUGUCUUUUUCUCGUUUCAGCAACUGCCAAUCAGCAGGACAACUGAGAAGAUUUCUACUCGACAGAUGAAGCAAUAUUUUGAUAAUUGCCUGCACAAAUUACCUGGUGUUUUGCUGCAGCUUUGCUUUAAAGAAAUGUACACGAGACCUUGCCUUAUGUGAAUGAACUGUUUGCACUCGUAAAACUGCCUGAACUGUGUUUUCCUGUCCGUGGCCGAGCCGUGACCCCCGAUGAGCCAGGCCGCCGCUAAACCGGCGCUAAACUGGCCUCCUGUGAUCGCUCCGCCCCGGAAAUACUCAACAUCUGACUCUGUAAAUCAUUGAGAUGAAAACGCCCUUUUUUUUCCAUUUAUGUUGGAAUACAGUACUUAUAAUUAUUAUUUUUGAGUUUCA